GAAAGCGUGUUGUUUUAUGCCGCUCUGUCGCAGCGGUGAAGGGCCGACAGUGAACGGCGUGUACAAGAAAAGUAAGAAGAAAAACGUUUAGUGUACCGUGCAGUUGGAUGCGAAGACAGUAUGUCAAAAUUCAACGAUCGAAGAUAUAUACAGAAAUUAGUGCAUAUUUAUGUUUCACGUGUGAUUAAGAACAAUUCAAUCCUAUGCAACAUUUGAACAUUAACGGUAACCAGCGCAGCUGGAAGUGCGAACAGCGAAGAAGAAUAGUGUAACGGCGAAAAGCAUUCGAAGAAUGGUGAAUAUGGAAGGUUCAGGCGAGCAGCAUACCGUGCCAGCUUCACCGCCGCCACGGACUUUAAAGAACAACAUCCCCUUCAGUAUCCGUAGCAUUUUGCCUGAGGCUUGUGCCGGGACCCCCGCGCCGUCGGUGAGUCAAUCGGACUCUUCCGAUGUCGGGCAAGUAGACGAUAGCGACGAUUGCAGUGAUCUCGAUGUCACCGGGGGUGGCGCGGAAACGCCGCCCUUGGACUGCACGACAAAUGCAACGUCUGUCAGCCCGACGAAUCAAAAGGAUCCCAAGGAGCAACCGGAAGACAAGAAGAAAGCGGAGAAACCACCCUACAGUUAUAACGCCUUGAUUAUGAUGGCAAUUCGGCAAAGUGCUGAGAAACGACUCACCCUGAACGGUAUUUACGAGUAUAUAAUGCGUAACUUUCCAUACUACGAGAAUAAUAAACAAGGCUGGCAAAAUUCCAUUCGUCAUAAUUUGUCGCUAAAUAAAUGUUUCGUCAAGGUACCGCGUCACUACGACGACCCCGGCAAAGGUAAUUACUGGAUGCUCGACCCGAGUUCCGAGGACGUAUUUAUCGGAGGUACCACGGGCAAGCUUCGACGAAGAAGCACGGCGUCAUCCAGAUCUCGGUUAGCGGCCUUCAAGAGGGGCGUAGUACUAAGCGGACUUUAUCCGACGCAUUAUUCGCCACCGGGAUGGCAGUCGGCGUAUCUGCAUUUUCCGUAUCUUCAUCGUGCCACCAAUUCAUACGCUCCAAUGGCUGGACCCUACGCUCCUGCCGGAUAUCCAGCUAGUUUACUACCCGGAGCUGUGACAACGUCGGCUACGAGUUUGCCUUGUAAACCGCAACCUCUCCCGGCAACAGCAGCACCGCCAGCUCACGGUGCGUUCUCCGUCGAAAGGUUGCUACAAACACCCACCGGUUAUCCCGCCAGUAUCACGGCGCCUGGAAUUCCACCUCCAGGAAAUCCUUACGACUUGUACAAUACACUGAGAUCUAUCGCGGCGCAUCAGCAACAUCAGGCGGCGGUAUUCGGGCAGCAACCCAGAUAUCAUCUCGGUCAUCAGGUGCCGCUUCUAAACCAAACGGCUUCUAGCACGGCAUCGCCCGGAAGCAGUCCGGAGCCGAUGGCUCCGCAUUCGCCGCCGGUUACUGUUUGCAAUUCCGUCCAGCCGACGAGACCGCUUCCUCACAGCCCACCACAGCUUCUUCUAAAACCGAUUACAGUCCUCACCGGCCGACAAAGCUGAAUUGCAAUCUAAGGGUUCGUCAAAAAUCUCCGAGUUCUAAAAAGUGCAGCAUAGCUUCACACACGCGUAAACUUCUAUUAUUUCGAUUAAUUUUAUUACUUACUCGAUUAAAGCUCCAUAUACGUAUAAAUUUACUCGAUUAAAGCUCCAUAUGCGUAUAAAUUUACUCGAUUAAAGCUUUAUAUAAAUUUAAAGAUAAGUUUGAAAAAUUUAAUUUAAUUUUUUUUUCAACAUUUUUUAUCGAAUUAAUUUAAUCGGUCUUUUUAUUUAUUUUAAUAUUAAAGCUUUAAUAUUGGACAUCCACUUUUCGGGAAGUUGGAAACUAAUUAAUGUCUUUACGCGAUUUUAACAUUUCCGAUACAAAUACCAGUGAUUGUAUUUGAUAUACAAUUGCGAUCAAUUUUUAUACGUCAACUCAUUGUACUUGACUCAAUUGUAUAUAUUUUCUCAUAUAUACGAUAUAAUUGUAAAUAUAAUCUUAAACGUAAUAUAAUCUUGUAAAUACAAUCUUAAAACAUUCGUUUGAAAACGAUGUUGACGAAACUUCAGCAAGUCAUGAAGUAAAUUUUCAAAUAAAAUUCAGAGUAAUAUAAUUAUUGUGUAAAUAGUUACGUAGAUAGAAUUUUAACUUAUGAUCUCUUCUUGACAGUCGUAGUCUGUACAGUAUUGAUUAAUCAAUAAUUGUGUAUAGCUUGUGUAUAAGAUUUAUAGGUACCUAUUCGUAACUUGUUAUUACGACGUGUAAAAAUAGAAAUUAUUGUUGCUAAAGAUAUUAUGAAUAUUACAUAUGUAUAUAAAGAAGGAAUUCCCUCAAAAGAAAACCCUGUAUAUCAUUAAAAUAAAU